UCGCAUCUUUGGUUCGUGUAGGAGCCACGUCUUAAUGCCUGUUUCUACGUAUGUUCAAUACCACUUUGCAAUUGUUAUAUCGAAUAAGUCGAUAAUAACCUCUUACAUUGCUUCUGGAACCGGCAAAAUACCAAAUCACUACCUUGCUCCAUGUACAUUCAGGGGUUUACGACAUGCAUAGAUGCGCGAGGCAAAGGAAUGGAAUACAAGGCGAGGCCGGUUUCUAGCCUUGAAACCGCCCCGAGCAGCGACAAUCUACCGACACGACUCUUAGUUCUCUCGUUGUCAGUCUCGCAUUUGUAUUAUACUCAUGGUACAUUGUCUUAUAAGUCUUACAGCUGGCAGACUUUGUACCGUACCUUACUCAAUCUUACUCGACCAUCCGGACUCACCGCUAUCGAGGGAUUCUGGUAUUUGCAUUACCGUGGGAAGGCGCAUCUUAUCACUGAUCACGAAAGAGUCAUUGCUUGGGUUUUUCAGAGCCCAGCACGCAAGCUCGAGACAAGCAAAGGGAAAAGCAAAAGCAAAAGCAAAAGAGGCAAAAGGAACGAAUCAGACAAGGCUAAUCCUUUCCAUCCAAGGAAAUAAUCCCAACAAACACGCAUUCUCCAUGCGACAACAAAUCUCAGCUCUCAUCAGCACAACAGAAAAAAGUUACCUACCUUCCUAAUCGAUCCUUUUCAAUGUAGCUUCCGUCACGCUUUUAUACUUUGCGACUUCAGAAACGUCGCGGAAGCCUUUCCGAUAUCCAAGUCCGGAAGCGUUAUGAACAUCUGACCUUUUUUUAUCUCUCCGCCUCAAUCUAGGGAAACGUCGUGUGACGCUCAUUGUUACUGGUUUGGAGAUGGAUGAUAUUUG